AUGCGGUACUUCUGCCAGCCAUCGGUAUUUAGAACUUGGGAAAAAAUCCACCGACUCCACGGUAACAUUCCCGUGCUUCCUUCCAUAUUCAGCCGGCGCAAGAUCAUCAUGAACCAGAGCCACCGCCGACUCUUCCUCCCAUUGCUGUCCGUGCUGCUUCUGACAGCCUCCGCCGUCGUCGCCGACAGCUCGUCGACGUUGACACGGCAGGGGGCCAUCGGCGGCGAACGGAGGCUGGUCUCGCCCGGCGGCGUCUUCCAGCUCGGCCUCUUCCCCGUCGCCAACGGCACCAAGUGGUUCCUCGGCAUAUGGUUCACCGUCUCCCCGCCCGCCGUCGUCUGGGUCGCGAACCGCGACCGCCCGCUCGACGCCCUGUCCUCCGGCAUGGUCACGCUCAGCGGCGGAGGAGACCUCGUGCUCCUCUACACCGCGAGGGAUAACGUGACCGUCUGGUCGUCCAACUCGUCGGCCGCGGCGCCUGCUGCGGUCGCGCAGCUCCACGACAACGGCAACCUGAUGCUCACGAGCGAGGCCGGCGCCGUGGUGUGGCAGAGCUUCGAGCACCCCACCAACACGUUCAUCUCCGAGAUGCGGACCGGGAGGGACCUCAGGACCGGCGCCGUGUGGUCCCUCUCGUCGUGGCGCGACGCCGACGACCCGUCCGCCGGCGACUUCCGCUACGACAUGGACACGAGCGGCUCCCCGGAGCUGCACAUCUGGAGGGAGGGGCGCAAGACGUACCGGACGGGGCCCUGGAACGGCGUGCGGUUCAGCGGCAUACCGGAGAUGACCACCUUCGAGGACAUGUUCGAGUUCCGGUUCACCGACACCGCCGACGAGGUCUCCUACGGGUACCGCGACCGCGUCGGCUCGCCGCCGUCCCGCGUGGUCCUGAACGAGUCCGGCGUGAUGCAGCGCAUGGUCUGGGACCGCGCCACGGGCGCCUGGAACACCUUCUGGUCGGGGCCGAGGGACCAGUGCGACAGCUACGGCCUGUGCGGCGCGUUCGGCGUGUGCAACGUGGUGGACGCCAUCGUGUGCAGCUGUGUCCACGGGUUCCAGCAGAGGUCGCCGGCGGAGUGGCGCAUGCGGGACGCGUCCGGCGGGUGCGCCCGAAGAACGCCGCUACGGUGCGGCGACGACAGCGACGGGUUCUACGCUCUGCGCGGCGUGAAGCUGCCGGAGACGCACGGCAGCAGCGUGGACGCCGGUGCCUCGCUCGAGGAGUGCGGCCGGAGGUGCCUGUCCAACUGCAAUUGCACGGCGUACGCCGCGUCGGACAUCCGUGGAGGCGGGGCCGGCACCGGGUGCAUACAGUGGUUCGUCGACCUGAUGGACACGCGGUUCGUCGACGGUGGGCAGGAUCUCUUCGUGAGGCUGGCAUUGUCUGACCUAGAGAACACCAAGACCAAGAAGUUCCCCGCGGUCAUCGCCACGGUGAUAACAGGGUUUGCAUUGCUUGCGCUAUUGAUCGGCUUCCUGAUCUGGAGAAGGAUCCGGCGCAGCAAAGAAGCCACCAUGUUCGAUGACAUCUUGAGAGGCGAAUGUCCGACGUACCAUCUCGAGGUCAUUAGAGCCGCCACCGGUGGGUUCUGCCCCAAAAACGAGAUCGGCCGUGGUGGCUUCGGCAUUGUUUACAAGGGGGAAAUGCCAGACGGCCAGGAAGUUGCAGUGAAGAAGCUGUCGACCGAGAAUAGAGUGCAAGGACUGAAAGAGUUCAAGAACGAGGUGGCCCUGAUCGCAAAGCUGCAGCACCGCAACCUCGUACGCCUGCUCGGCUGCUGCAUCCACUGCUCUGAGAGGAUACUGGUCUACGAGUACAUGAGCAACAAGAGCCUGGACACCUUCAUUUUUGAUCCAAGGAGGCACGCCACGUUAAGUUGGAAGAAAAGGAUGGACAUCAUCCUAGGCAUUGCUAGAGGGCUGCUCUACCUUCACCAGGACUCGAGGCACACGAUGAUCCACCGAGACCUCAAGGCGGCAAACGUUCUCCUUGACGAGGACAUGGUGGCCAAGAUAUCGGAUUUCGGAAUCGCCAAGUUGUUCAGCAGCAUCGGCGACAGUCAAGACUCGACCGUCAUAGAAAGGAUUGUUGGAACAUACGGCUACAUGUCACCGGAGUACGCAAUGGACGGCUUGGUAUCGUUCAUGCAGGACGUUUACAGCCUCGGAGUGUUGUUGCUGGAGAUCGUCAGCGGCAGGAGGAACCAACGAAGUUUCAACCUCAUAGCUCAUGCAUGGAAGCUAUUUGAAGAGAACAAGAGCCUCGAGCUCCUUGACCCAGCCGUGCACGAUGGCUGCUCCCUGGCGGAGCUAGAGCAGGCCGUGACGUGCAUCCAGGUAGGGCUACUGUGUGUUCAGGAGAGCCCAAGCCAACGACCGAAAAUGGCUGUUGUAAUCCCCAUGUUGUCGCACCAACAGGCGCCAAGGCGGCCACUUCGGCCGGUGGUCUGCACUCUAGUGAGCACUCCGGUGGACCUUCUCGACGUGUUGGACGACACGUCCAGCAAUGUCGAGCUGACCAUCACGAACAUCGAAGGCAGGUAG